CAUCAUGAUGUUCAUGUCUGUUAUCGCUACCCUCGUCGCCUUUGUCAUCCCCGCACUCACUCAGGACACAGUCAGCGUCUCGUACGACACUGUCUACGAUAAUGGAUUUACAUCUCUCAGCACUGUAGCAUGCUCUGGCGGCGUCUACGGCCUCGACACCAAAGGCUACACCACCUUCUCAUCGCUCCCCGACUUCCCCUACAUUGGUGGUGCGCCUAAUAUCACAGGCGGGGACUCCCCGUCUUGUGGUACUUGCUGGGAGUUAAACUACUCGGCUGGCAGCAUCAAUGAGACUAUCUACGUGACCGCAGUGGACGCCGGACAGGAUGGGUUCAAUCUUUCAUUGGAGGCGAUGAACGCUUUGACCAACAAUCUCGCGCAACAAUUGGGCAGGAUUAGUGCUACCGCGACUCAAGUCUCCAAUUCCAGCUGUGGCUUCUAAUUGGAGAUGUGAAAUGACGCGAGCCACGAACGUUCACGGUAAUGAGCUUGGAAAAAAUGUUGGACGUUCAUUCAUGGGACGUUCGUAGUUGAUUUUUUGUGCACGCUUCUUUUGGGUAUGGGUCGUAGGACCUUGAUUUGUUCGCAAUACAUGCUGGUUCAUGAU